UGAUAUCAGAAGAAAACUAAUCGUCCAUGUGUAUGAGUCACUCACUAGACAAGCAAAAACUUUGCCAGCGAAACAAAAAAGUUAAAUAAAAAUAUAAAAUAUCAUUAAACGUCUGAAUAAAAAAAAAUAAAAUAAAUAAAAAUAAACACGAAUAACAAAUUAAACGCCGUGACUAACUUAAAAUGAGUGAAGUGAGCAUUUUUGAAUUGCCCACCGAGUGCUUAUUUGAAAUAUUUAAGUACAUAAAAAAUAACUGCCAGAGAAAGAAACCAAAUGCGGCUGUCGAAAUCAAGUAUGAAGACUUCAUUAGUUUGGCCAUUUGCUGCAAAACGUUUGACGAUCUGAUCCAGGAAUGGAAUAUUGAUCUAUAUGACAGGCUUUGGGAAAAUGUGCGCUUUCCGAGGGACAUAACUCACAUCGACUUUGAAGAUGUGAAUGCCCGGUUAAAGAGAAAGUCAGCAAAAGAAAAGGAAACCUACUGGAGGGAGCUCAGCCACGCCAUCAGGGACGCACAUUUGACCACUGUCUCAUUGCGUUGCGAAUCGGAAUCAUUCCACAGUGAUCUUUUCGAAGCAUUUCACACCGUGAUAGAUCAACUCCAAAACAAGCCAAAUCUGAAAGUUUUAGACAUUGAUGUGCGGGGCUUCACCGUAAAAGGUAUGGCAGGAUUUGGAAGCCUCGAGGUACUCCGUUUAAAUAUGCAGAUGGAUAUUGAUUUGACUGAAAUCUGCCGCCUGAACAAAAACUUGCGAGCUCUGGAAUACAUGAAUAAUGAAACGGGAGGAAAAGGCACUCUUCAGCCUAUGCUGGAGGCAUUGGCCGCCAAUCAGAGCAUAGUCCUCAAAAAUUUGUCCAUAAACAAUGUACCAUUGGACCACAAUGAAACGCAGGCCAUGGCCCAGAGAUUGGAGUGUAGAUUUGCCAAAACUCAAAACGCUGAGCUCCUAGCGCAGCUACCCGAGCUCGAGGAAUUGACUAUUAGAAAUGUGACAUCAUCUCCAGGAUCCCUUCAGGGCCUCCUGGCUGCUCUGGCUUCGAGGGAGUCGCAGACGCUACAAAAGUUGUGUUUGAAAAGAAAGAUUGAUGCCGUGGAGGCAAAGGAACUGACUCGCCUGAAAUCUUUGCGAACUUUGGAAUGUCAGUUCGCUGAUUCUCUGGACAUUCUGCUUCUGUCUCAGCUCCCCGAACUCGAAAAGCUGAACCUGAAUGCCAAUGACAGGCUAGACCAGAUAUUGCCAUUGGUCCUUACGGUUAUAAAGUCCUGCAAAAAAUUGGCUGAAAUUCACAUCAAGUGUAAUCCAAACCACUCCGGUCAUGUCGACAUGAAAUCGUCUGAAAUCCUCAUCGAAAUGCUGGAUGCCUUCCAAGAUAAACUUAAUAUACGGAUCAACGACAGCAAUAUAUUCGGGAAUCGUGAAAAAAAUAAAUUGCUCGUUGAAAUGGAUUUCUUUAGACAAAAUAAACUCGCGAUAGAAUCCUUAGCCCGCGUUCAAUCUGUAAACCAUAUGGAACUACAAUACCACGAAGUUGGGGAACUGAGGGCUCUCUUUGCCGCCCUAGCGAUGAGAACUAAUUCCAAUCUACAGAGUCUGUGCAUUCCGUACAGCCCGCUGCUCGACUUUAGUGAGACUACGGAAUUGGCCAAGAUUACUUCGUUGACAAAAUUUAAAGGCCCCAUCUCCGAUAUACGAAGUCUCCAACACUUACUCCAUUUAAGCAAUUUCGAAGUUUGGAAUGAAUUAGAAUGGAGUGGACAGGUUCGCAGAAACAUCACGUUCGAUAAGUCCACCGGGAAAUUGACUAUUAUUAACAAAACGGACAAUGAAUUACCUGACGGCAUUGGACUGAAUCCCCUAGCUAGCCUGCAGAAUUUGCGGCACGUUACUAUUUCUGGAGUCUACAAAGAGGGCUUCAUGCGCGAUUUCUUGGGCCAGCUGGCCACCUGUCAAGGGAAGACUCUGCAGACACUGGAGAUAUUUCCGAACGGAGUGAACUAUGCAGAGCUGAUGGAAGUGAUUAAACUGAAGUCUCUCCGAACACUGACCUGCGGGUUAUCCCAUGUUGAGGACAUGGAAAUAGAACAGCUGGAACAACUUCCCCAUCUGGCAGUGCUCAUUGUUGUUUCCCAUCGAACAGGCUAUUUAGGGAGCCUACUUCGGACUCUUGCCGCCAGGAAGUGCCCCGCACUAAGAAAUCUGACUGUAAUGGGCGAAAGUCUCACCCCCCAAGAGGUCACCAACGUAUCUGCUAUAAGUUCCUUGGAGCGACUCGACUGCGGGUUCUGCAGCACAAAGGGUCUCGAUGUAUUGUCACAGCGAAACUGCAUCGAGCAUCUGGGCAUAACAACUAGGGAAGGUGAAGCCUCUCUGGUAGAUCUACUCACUGCUGUUGCAUCUUCUGGAGAAUCAAAGAUUCAGAAUCUAACUAUCGAUGGUCCGGCAGUCGGUCAGGAAUUAGCUACCGUACUAAGCCUUGUUCUUCGCAUUCCGAGACUGAAGUCCUUGAAGCUCCGAAUCAAAGAUACCCAGGGCUUUGAGCGAUUGGCAGAGUUUUUGCAUUUAGAAGAGUUGAUUCUCUCCUCUGACCCCGAAAGAGGUUCUCUAGCAGUUCUCUUCCGGGCACUGUCACUGAAGGAUUCCACCAAAUUAAAGAACUUGGUUAUAGAGAACACAUCCAUUGGUCCUGAAGAGGCUCGCCACCUCGUGCAGGUGGACUCAAUCACAAGCCUUAAGUUUGGCUUCAAAGACAAAGAAAUCGUCCCCCUCUUGGCUAACAUGACUAAUCUUGAGAAUCUGGAAAUUACCACGGAUCAUGAAUUUAGAUAUAAUAAUCUUGCUGGUCAUCUCCUUGACAUCUUUCAAGGAUGUCGAAAACUAAAGACAAUUAAUUUGGGAAUUACACCACGCUUCACCUCCCGUGACUUCCUGAAAAAGUCUUUAGACGUACUGAAAUCAGUGAGGGAUCCCGCAACUCAAGCUCCAUUGGAACUACGAAAUUAUAAGGAAUUCCAUGACGAGACUCAGAUCUUUCAGAUGACUACCGCCGAUGAAACGUAUUUGAAUAUCAUUAGAUGCCAUUGACAGCAUCAUUAUUGGACGUGCGCGAGGAAGAGAGUACACGUACUCGAAGAGUUAAGGGGUAAAUAAGAUUUGUGGUAAAAGUGGAUGUAUGUAACGCAGAGAAGGAAACGUU